AUGGAUCCAGACAAUGCAUCAACCACCGCCACUCCCGUCAAAAUAAUUCUCCUCGGCAGCCACGGCGUCGGCAAGUCGAGCAUCGUGACGAGGUUCAUAUUUGACAAGUACGAAGCCGACGCCCUCACCCGGAUCCCCUGCGACCACCUGACCAAGACCUUGGGCAUCGCCGACGUCCAGGGGGCUUGGGCGAGGUACUUCAAGGUGUCGGUCGCGGACACGGCGGGGCAGGAGCGCUUCGGCACGUUGAGCCCGCAAUACUACCGCUGGGCGGACGGCGCGGUCAUCGUGUACGACAUCACGAACCGGAAGAGCUACGAGGAGGCCACGGGCAAGUGGCUCGAGGAGGCGCGGCGGUACGAGGGUUUGCGGGAUUGCUUGGUGCUGGUGGGGAACAAGUUAGACCUAGCUGAGACGAGACGAGAGGUUUCGUCGGAGGAGGCGGUGAAAUUUGCGUGUUGA